AUGAGACGACAUAAUAGCCCAAUUACAAAAGCCCAUCACAACCAAAGCACCAAUCUCACUCUCCUCUAUAACAUCAGCAACAACAUCCAGACACUCCCCAAUCGACCGAUCAAGAUACCGACAAAGAUCACCACGCAGUCCCCUGAGAAUAACAUUCUCCCGUUGCUUGCGCAAAGUAUCACCGCGAAUAUCCACAAAAUCAUUGAUGAAAACAACCGCCUCAACAAUGCGCUCAUACUGACCCUCCUCAACAACCAUCCCCGUCCCAAGCGAAGCAGUCAUAACCCCAUGGAAAGCGGCAACAUCAAUAUGCCGAUGGACACCAAGCCCAGUCAUGCGACUUCCGUACACUCCAUCGUGAAGUCUACCCCGGCUAUGGUCGCGAUAAUACCCCAGAACCCGACAUUGAACAAUAUAAGCAGCCAGGUUAUCAAACUGCCAGUUAGUAACCCGACCGGCCAAAUUGCAGACCUUUAA